UCAUCCACAACGCAGAGGAGCGCCGCGGACCCCCUCCUCUCUGUGCCUUCAACAAGAUGGAGCGCCCCCGCCUUCAUCAUAGCUACAGUUUUGCCGGUUUCACAAGCUCAGGUGGCUCCCAGGACAGCCCGACCUCUGUCACACCUCCGUCCAUAUUUUCCACCGAAGACGUCAACGAGUGGCCCAGCAACCCUUUCACUUACUCGAGUCAAGAGCUUGCCAACCUGUUUGGGCCCAGUUUAGGUGGCACCACUGUUCCUGAUCUGCCCGGUCAUCAUUCUCCCACCGCACCCUCCUUCUUCAGGCCAAUGUCCGAGUCGCCCCCAAGCCCUCCGGAUUCCCUCUCCGACCAGGAGAGUUACCAGAGCAGCCUGGGCAGCCAGAGCGGAUCCGAGUCACCUGUGCUGGACGCCACACGUCGCCUCCCCAUCUUCAGCAGACUCUCCAUCUCUGAUGAUUAAAACGUGCACUCAGAGAUUCAGGCCUGAGAUAGAGAAAGCACAGAGAGCUGGUGAGAAAGAGAGUCAUUUUCCUCCUAGCAAUCCCUUCCUGUCCUUGCGUUGUUUACAGCGGAGAAGUGGACUAAAGUACAGUGUUCUCGUAGCCACUGAGUCAAAUCAGAAAACCUACUACCCUGUAGCAUCAACCUUGAGCGAAUUCCCAAGCCUCCCUAGACGUCUUUAACAUACCUGACGUAAUGCAAAAACAACAAACUGUUCCCCUCAAGGCCCACUCAAUUGUUGAGGUCUUGAAGUCCUCACUGGAACAUUAAACAAAUCCAUAUUUAGUUCAUAGUGUUCAAACUGAAAAGAGUUUUCUCCUUGUUCAAAGAAUCUACUGAUUAUAGCAACAAUGUACUUUAUAGACC